AUGGUUGUUAUUACAGUUAGUUAUAAAGUUCAUAUGACUUAUUAUUCAGAAUCAGCUGGUUCAAUCGGUACUGAUGGUAUAGGUCCAUGUGUUGGUAUUAUUGCUAAAAAAACAAAUGGCACUACUUUCUGUGCUCAUAUCGCUUCAUCUAUCCAAGGAAUAGAUGCCAAUCUACCAUCUAUUACAAGUAAAACAACAGAAUUAAUUAAUAAAUAUUUAAAAAAUGUAGAUUUAGUUGAAAUGAGUUGUGUAACUGGAAAUUUAAAAGAUAAAUCCGCAAAUGCAAUUUACAAAGGUAUCACUAAUGCAUAUGGUGCUAAAGUUAAGGCAUUAGUUGAAGGUACUGGUAUUUAUUUCAAAGAUGGUGCUGUUGGUGUUGUUAAAGCUGAAACAAUCAAAGGAACCGUUGAAGGUCCAAACGCCUUUGAUGGUCCAAUGGAUGUCAAAUAA